AUGGAAAUCAGUGCAACGGACGACAAACCGACCCCCAUGCCCGCAUAUUCCGGUCCUGCGCCACCGAUGCAUCAUCGCAUACCCCAUCCCGACGGCGGACAUGGUCCGCCGAGCGACUCGGUCAUGUAUGAAGCCCCUCCGUGGCGCCCUUAUCCGGCCUCCUUCGAAGGUCGACGAACCUCCAACGCCCCCCAGCCUCCGUUGCCGCCUCCUGGGUACCCUGUCCACCCAAAUCGCGAGCUGCCACAGCUCCCUCCGGAAGUCCCAUAUAACCGACAAGGAAGCCUGCCCGGCGCAUUCCACACCAUCUCCGACGCGCACCCGCCGCCGCAUCCACCCUACCGCCCCAUGAAUGGAACGCCGCACGAGGCGGCUUCUCAUUCCGCGCCCCCUGACUAUCGGCCUCGUAUGUCUUUUCCGCCGCCAGAAAGCCAAACCAACGGCGACCCGCCACCUCCGCCUCCGCCUCCGCACUCUCUUCCUCCGGCUCAGUAUGGGACCCCCGUCCCGCCGCACAUAUCGCAUACUCCCGCGCCGUAUGAUCCCGCUUAUUACCAGAACCAGGCUUAUGGACGUCAGCGCAAGGCUGCUAGAGCUCAACAGGCGUGUGAUCAAUGCCGAGCCCGAAAAGCAAAAUGUGAUGAGGGACGACCGGCGUGCAGCCAUUGCAAGGAGAAUAACAUGAUCUGUGUCUAUAAAGAAGUCCCGCCGCAUAAACAAGAAAAGAGCACGCAGAUGCUAAUAGACAGACUUGCACAUCUUGAGGACAUUAUUUACGAGAAGACGGAUAUCAUACAGAAGGUUCAAGUGGAGCAUGGGAACCAACUUACGCAAAUCAUCAAGAACUUCCCGCGGGAACCCAAAGUGAAGAUGAACAAAGAGUCCCAGAAGCCGACGGUCCAACAUUUACUGAAGCAGGACAGCUCGAUGACCCAGCAGGAGUCGGCACCGAAGGAGGAAAGUGUCCCCGUGCCCGUGGGACAAGAGUUGACUUCGAGUGAGACCACGGAAGCGGGUACGGUCACUGUAACCACACAGGAAACGCUGGAACCCGGGGAGGAUGGCGAACUUUCGAUCCCAGUUGAACACACGACUGCGGCGCAUAAGCUACUGAUGUGGCCGUCAAUCAAGGAGCUCCUUCUUCCGAGGGAGUAUGAUGAAGAUUACGUGAUGAGGCUGGAGGAAAAGCGAGGAUUGAUUCGUGUUUACGGUCGGGGAGAAGGCGACGACACGAGCGACGACGUGGGUCCAUUCCCGCCGCCCACGAGGCCGGACUACAGCCCCGAAGAGCACCAUACGCAGACCGCGCCGACCAGCGGUCCCUGGGGAGUAGGCGCUACGCCGCCUCCCACCCGACUCCCGGACAACGGCCUUGACGAGAGUGGUUUUCUGACUACGGAUCCGGAAACGCUGCGGCGGUACCAUCGCAGCUAUAUGGACCACAUUCACAGGCUCCACCCGUUUCUCAACCAGAGCGAGCUGGACGCAAAGAUCGGGCAAUUCAUCAAAACCUACUGCCCACGAUCCGCCUCGGAUUCGCCGUCUGUUCUGAGCAACAGCACUGCCGGGGACAUACCCAGAGGAGCAAAGCGCAAACGCUCCUGUGAGAACUUGCAAGGUGCGGCGUGUGAUAUGCAAUCCCCAACGGGCAGCAAGACUGGGCGGAUUUACGGCCGCCGCAUUGAGAGAUCUGUUGGCAAUGCCAUCAUCCUGCUCGUUUUUGCGAUCGGGAGUAUUUGUGAGGUCUCAAUCGUUCCUGGACCCGUGAUGGAUGACCCGGUGGACUUCCGGAAGGAACGCAUCCCCGGGCCCACGACUCGAAGUGUUCAAUCUCCUGCAGGGUCCGAUUCCAUUCUACAGACCCAAGGCAACGUCUACGCUCCCAGGGGACGCGCAUUUCCAUCCCCGUCGGUGAUAGACGGUCGGAAAUCCGCAUCGGGGCGAUCAGGCUAUAUGGACACCCGCAACCUGAGGAACCUGGAUGUUAUCCCGGGCUUGGCGUAUUAUGCUUAUGCCACCCAAAUCAUCGGCAGCCUUCAAGGUGCCAAUGGACUGUUUCAUGUCCAAGCAGCUUUACUCGCCGGUCUCUAUGCCGGUCAAUUGGCACAUCCGUUCCAGAGUCACGGAUGGAUCUAUCAAGCCGCUCGAGCUUGCCAAGUUCUUGUCCGAACGAAACGGUAUGAGCAAUUGGAAGAUGGCCCCAUGAAAGAUCUCUAUGAUUUUGCAUACUGGACUUGUUUGCAGCUGGAAAGCGAUAUAUUAGCGGAACUCGAUCUUCCAGCCAGCGGCAUAUCUCGUUCCGAGGCCCGCAUAUCUUUGCCCAAGGGUCUUUUCACACUUUCUCUUCCCAAUGAGAUUUCUGCACCAAGCACCAUGAUGAUGUUCUUCUACUCUGCUCAGAUUCAUCUCAGGAAAGUUCUUAAUCGAGUUCAUACGGAUCUGUAUAAGGUUGAAAAACAAGGUCAGAACCGCUGGUCUUCCAACGUGCAAGAGAUUCUGAGUAUGAAUCUUGAGCUCUGGCGGACAAGCCUGCCUGAUAUUAUGAAAUGGAAGGACAAUGACCCACCUCCAAAGGAGAUCAACGUCGCUCGCAUGCGAGCGAAGUAUUACGGCGCACGAUACAUCAUCCACCGACCCCUCCUCUACCACGCUCUGCAUUAUGCCGCCGCAAGCCCUGACUCGCUCCCGCCAGUAGACUCACCUACUGCACCCCCCUUAUCGGGUUCCAAGUCCCAACAGGUCUCGCCGUCGAUGACACACAGUCAGCGUGCCUCAAAUAUGGUGCGCCUCGGUAGUGAUUUAGGCACCAUGGGUCGGAAUUCUGUUUCUUCUGCGCCAGGUAGAAGCAUCACUUACCGUGAUCUGCCGACCAAGCUGCGAAGAGCUUGUAAAGUGUGUGUCGACUCCGCCAUUCUGAGUACGGAAGCUUUUGAUGGCAUUGAGGGUCGUCCAGUUGUGACAAACAUUUUUGGAACCGCACACGCCCAAUUCGGCAAUAUGUUGGUCUUGUCCGCUACGUACAUGUCGAACCUCACCGAGCUUGUUGAUCGGAAUGACCUGGAGCGACUUCUCAAGCGAACGAUCGCGUUUCUCCUGCAAAGUCGCUACAUCUCACCCAGUCUACGCGCUGAUGCGCGAAUAUUGACCGAAAUAUACGAGAAGAUAUUUGGUGAGCCGGUAGGAAGCUUCUCAAGUGUGGACUAG